CACGGCACUGCUCCCCCGCCUGUGUUUGUAGGACCACCUUCUCGGUUUCGUCACAUCAUGCCUUCAUAUAUGAAGGGUUCGAACAAGGUUGAACUAAAUUAGAGUAACAGGAGGCAGCGGAGAGAACCCGACAGCAGAAUCAUGAAGGCACUGAGUGUCCUACACCGGGCUGCGAACACCCUGCUCAGCCAUCCCGGGGACCGGGGAACUCUACUGACAAGGUGUGGGAUAAGCGGCGCCUCGACGUUAAAUAACAAGAUCCAGCCAGGGUUCGGUCUGCUGUUUGACAUCGAUGGGGUGCUGGUCCGGGGGAAGACUCCUAUUCCAGCUGCUAAAAAGGCCUUCCAGAAGUUGGUGGACUCCAGAGGACAGUUCUUGGUUCCUGUGGUGUUCGUCACCAACGCUGGAAACUGUCUCCGUCAGAAGAAGGCUGAUCAACUGUCUCAAAUACUGGGAGUGCCUAUCUCCCAGGACCAGGUGAUGCUGUCUCACAGUCCUCUCAGGAUGUUCACGAAGUACCAUGAGAAAUGUGUUCUGGUGUCAGGACAAGGACCUGUACUGGAUAUCGCUAACAAUCUGGGCUUCCAGAAUGUGGUGAGCAUCGACAUGUUGAGAGAAUACUUCCCCCUGCUGGAUAUGGUGGACCACAACAGACGACCCAAACUACCAUCUUCACCUAUUGUGAAUCUCCCUAUAGUUCAAGCGGUCAUCCUGUUCGGCGAGCCAAUCCGAUGGGAGACCAACCUGCAGCUGAUCAUUGAUGUGUUGCUGACCAAUGGGAGCCUGGGUAACGCCCAUGAGAUGCGUCACUCCUCCCACCUGCCGCUGCUGGCCUGUAACAUGGACCUGAUGUGGAUGGCCGAGGCCCAGUCUCCACGGUUUGGCCAUGGGAUGUUCCUUGUGUGUCUGGAGAACAUCUACAGGAAGAUAACGGGUCAGGAGCUGAAGUACGAAGCUCUGAUGGGGAAACCUUCUGAACUAACAUAUCACUUCGCUGAGUACCUCAUCAGGGAGCAGGCUGCAGAGAGAGGCUGGAGGACACCUAUAAGAACACUCUACGCUAUCGGAGACAACCUGAUGACAGAUAUCUAUGGAGCCAACCUGUAUAACCGCUAUCUGGAGGAAAGGGUCCGGACCAGGCAGACUGCUGCCCAAGUAGUGCAGGCCACGGUGGAGGGUACAGGGGGCGGAGGGUCCCCUAAAGCCCUUCUCCAGGACCAGGACAUGGAGACGGCCUUGGAGAGCGAGCUGGCCUCCCCCUCCGCCACCUCCUGUAAAUCCCUGCUGGUAUGUACCGGUAUCUAUAACCCCCACAGCGAGGUGCCGGCUGAUGCCAGCCACAGCAUCACCGAGACUGUGUUCCAUGGUCACCGGGACUUCCGCUUCGACCCGGCCCUGAUGGAACCAGGACACAUCGUAGAGGACGUACACAACGCUGUGGAACUCAUCUGUCAACAGGAGAACUUUGUCUCUACUAGGCAUUGACCUGUAGAAUAGCAUUAGAGUUGUAUAACUUUGUAAGUCCAAAAUGACCCUAUUCCCUGUGUAGUUCAAAAGAUAGGGAAUAUGGUGCCAUUUCAUAUUUGUAUAUCACAGAAACAGUUGUCUGAGACCGUAGAAACAGUAGAGUCUGAGACCGUAGAAACAGUAGAGUCUGAGACCGUAGAAACAGUAGAGUCUGAGACCGUAGAAACAGUAGAAUCUGAGACCGUAGAAACAGUAGAGUCUGAGACCGUAGAAACAGUAGAGUCUGAGACCGUAGAAACAGUAGUCUGAGACCGUAGAAACAGUAGAGUCUGAGACCGUAGAAACAGUAGAGUCUGAGACUGUAGAAACAGUAGAGUCUGAGACUGUAGAAACAGUAGAGUCUGAGACUGUAGAAACAGUAGAGUCUGAGACUGUAGAAACAGUAGAGUCUGAGACUGUAGAAACAGUAGAGUCUGAGACUAUAGAAACAGUAGAGUCUGAGACUGUAGAAACAGUAGAGUCUGAGACUGUAGAAACAGUAGAGUCUGAGACUGUAAAAACAGAAGAGUCUGAGACUGUAGAAACAGUAGAGCCUGAGACUGUAGAAACAGUAGAGUCUGAGACUGUAGAAACAGUAGAAACAGUAGAGUCUGAGACUGCAGAAACAGUAGUCUGAGACUGUAGAAACAGUAGAGUCUGAGACUGUAGAAACAGUAGAAACAGUAGAGUCUGAGACUGUAGAAACAGUAGAAACAGUAGCCUGAGACUGUAGAAACAGUCGAGUCUGAGACUGUAGAAACAGAAUAAACAGUAGUCUGAGACUGUAGAAACAGUAGUCUGAGACUGUAGAAACAGUAGAAACAGUAGAGUCUGAGACUGUAGAAAGAGUAGAAACAUAGUUCUUGAAAUUUUCCAGAUUGACUGACCUUCAUGUCUUAAAGUAAUGAUGGACUGUUGUUUCUCUUUGCUUAUUUGAGCUGUUCUUGCCAUAAUGUGGACUUGGGUCUUUUACCAAAUAGGG